GGUCCGGGUUCCGCUGCCGAGAGAUUUGUAAUCCGAUCUAACUACAUUAAUCGCUCCUAACCUGUUACCGCCACAAAGUCCAUCGACAUGGACUUGCCAAAGGAGGAUGUGGCGAACGAGAAGUUCAUUGUGAAGUACCGCCAGCAGCUAUACGACCUGUCUGAGUUUAUGCACAAGCACCCCGGAGGCAUAAACACCCUCAAAGGCCUAAAGGGGGCGGAUAUGACAGCUCGCUUUAUGAAAGCCCCGCCACACUCUGAUGCUGCCAUGUAUCUGAUGAAGGAGUACAAAAUGGAUUCGAAUGACGCCGCUCAAAAAACUAGGCAGAGCUUUACAGGGACCGAUGAGCAGAAUACUCGCCAGCGGCCGAGGGAAACCGAAGACAAGAACAACAACCAGUUGGACGAGAGCAUGGAGCACUUGGUGGACUGGUCAAAGGCAAUGCUACCACAGAUAGCAAACCUAACGUAUUGCUAUGAUGAGUGGGUGCACAAGCCGGUGGACAGGCCGUUGCGAUUAUUUGGUCCCUGGUACUUAGAGAUGUGCACGAAAACGCCUUGGUGGCUGGUACCAACCUUCUGGAUUCCGGUGAUCUUCCAGUGCGCGAGGGACGAGGUUUCUAGCGCCUGGCAGGAUAAGAGACAGCUUCUGGGGCUUGCCGGUUACUUUUUGUUUGGCAUACUCUUGUGGACCUUUCUUGAGUACACUCUGCAUCGCUGGGUGUUUCACGUAAAGCUGCGCAACAACAGCGGCCCUUGGCUUUGCACCUUCCACUUCAUGAUCCACGGAUUGCACCACAAGGUGCCUUUUGAUCCCAUGCGACUGGUGUUCCCGCCAUUGCCGGGAGCAGUGCUUGCCACUGUCAUCUACACCCCGAUCAGCUACGUGAUCCUGCAUCCUAGGGUGGUGCUAUCAGGAGCUCUGCUCGGAUAUCUCUGCUACGACAUGAUGCACUACUACCUGCAUUACGGAAACCCGUCAGCGGGGGCCUUCAUUCACAUGAAGCGGUACCAUUACCAUCACCACUUCUCUCACCAAACCUCCGGAUAUGGCAUCAGUAGUCCACUUUGGGAUGUCGUGUUCAAUACACGCAUUCACCUUCGAAAACUGAGAUACCAACUACGUUGGUCCUAGCCAUAACUAAUUCAGUUCACCCCAUUGCUAUGUAAGAUCAAAUUUUGCACCUCUAUGGCAGUGUCCAGAUUAAAGAUUUUUAGUGUUAUCCCACAAAAAAUGGAAUAGUAAGCAUUAUUGAUAGGAAUUCAUACAACCAUAUAUAUGUUUAGUAAGGAAAUAUACUUCCAUUGACACCAA